GUAACACCCCGUGAACGACGAUAGGUGGCGCCAGCGUCAACGUGCUGUUUUAAUUGACGAGGAAGAGCUCGCACAAAAUACGGAAAUGCCAGCAAACGAGUUAUCAAAAAUGAAGACGUCAGAUGAAAGAUGUUUUUAAAAGUGUACAGUUGUGCGCAUGUUUUUAUAUAAGAAACGGGUUAUUUUUACUUUACAAUGUUCGGGAGCAAGUCUUACCAGCUACUUCCUCAGAGUAACCCGAGAACGUCGAGGACUCCUGGACUGUUUGUGUCCGGCGACAGCUUCUCGCAGCUCGGCUACCUCAGCAAAGGACUCUCGUUCGAUUACAUCCCCAAUGUUUCUGAAAACGACUUCAGUGAUAGUUCCCAGGGAUGGCUGUCCUGGAUUUGCAAUCAAAUUGUCAUCUUCCUCGUACACAUCUGCACCUUUAUAACCUUUCCCAUAACGGGAUGGUUUGUAUUAAAGACCGUGCCAAACUACCAGAGGAUAGUGGUCUUUCGCCUGGGUCGUGUCUGUCCUCCAAAGGGUCCUGGUAUUGUCCUGCUGCUGCCCCUCAUUGACCAGUGGCAGAGGGUAGACUUGCGCACGCGUGCUUUCAAUAUACCUCCAUCCCAGGUGAAUACCAUGGAUGGUGGCCUCUUGUCUGUAGGUGCAGACAUUCAGUUCAGAAUUUGGAACCCAGUCUUGUCAGUGGUGUCAGUUCAGGACAUCAACGUCUCUACCCGGAUGACCGCACAGAACGCUUUAACUCACAGCCUUACCAAGAAGACGAUCAGGGAGAUUCAAACGGAGAGAGUGAAACUUGGAGAAUAUCUUGGCAUGGACAUAAAUGAACUGACUCGACCAUGGGGUCUGGAGAUCGACCGGGUAGAAAUUACACCAGGAUCUCUUCUUAAAGCUCCGGAGGGGGCACCUUCUGGACCCGUCAUGGUUCCUCCAUCUGUACCAGGCAUGGAGGGUCUCGCAGGCCCCCUUCAGCAGCUGGCCAUGCACUUUAUCAGCAACAGCUCGCAACAACAAGAGAGCAGUGUCACCUUUAUAGAUGAGCAGACACCUCAGACAUCUGUUGAAGAGCUGCUCCACAAGGUCGAAUGUGUCCUCUCUGAAGCUUUGGUGAACCAGGUGGGCGCUUGCUUCCAGUUUGACAUCAGCUCAGAAGAUGGACAGCAUCACAGCUACUAUGUGGAUUUGAGCCAAGGCUGCGGUGCAGCUGGAGAGGGGCCCCCGUGUGGAGAGCCUGACGUAACACUGACCAUGUGCGAGGACGACCUACUGGCCAUGUUCCAGGGUAGGCUGGGACCGUUUGCGGCUUACAGCUGUGGUCGACUUCAAAUUCAGGGAGAUGUGAGGACAGCUAUGAAGUUGGAGGAACUAAUAAAGCUGCUCCAGAAAUAAUGUUUGAAUAUGAUAUUCAUUGAAUGUUUAAGUUGAUGUGAAAACAUAAUUUUUUGGAGAUUCUUUGUGAUCAGCUUUAUUUAACAUUACAGUAUGUUAUUAUUAUGGUAGUACUUUGCACCGAAGUACACGCAGAGUUUUUCAGUGUUUUAGCUACAGGGUUGCAAUAAACAGUUUGGAGUUUGAAGUAAUAA